GGAGGAAGAGCCUAUAUAAAAACAACAGGCUCACCGGUUUGCACGAUCAAAUGCCGACAAGUGUUUGUCGAGUGUGGACAACAUAGAUUCGAAAAAGGUGAAGGUUACAGUCUGAGGAUAUUUACGGAACAAUGAAAUUAGGGCAAACAUUGAACGUAUCAAGGAAUUCCGAUAUCGGGAACAGAUACUUUAACUUAUUCAUAUUACGAUUAACGUGUGACUAAUCUAUGGACAAAAGAUCAGUCCUUAUAAGAUCAACCUAUGUAGCAUCGUUUCCUGAAGCGGUACUGUACAGUCGUAACUGUACAAUUAAUCAGAUUUCAAAAAAAGGAGUCAGCAAGCGAAAAUAACAACGAUGACGCCAAUUUUUGUCACUUUAUUUCUUUUGUUUGUAUUGAGUUGCUCCUCCCGCGCACAAACGAAUAGACCGGAUUAUAUACAAUGCCAAAGCAAUGCAGAGUGCGAUUCAGGCUAUUGUUGUAACAUAGGACCGUUGAGGUACAGUAUUCCACAAUGUAAAGUAAUGCAAGCUGAAGGAGAAAUUUGUAGACCAGGCAGUACUUCGCCCACUAAUAUGACCCUGGGAUAUCCUGAUGGUGCCCUAGUAACAUUAACCAAUGUUCAUUACAUCCUUUGUCCAUGUGCUAAUGGAUUAACGUGCGAUACUAAGGAAGGAAUUUGCAAGGAUACGGGCGAAGGACACGAUACAAAUCGAUUAUUUGAAGAACAUAAACGACACGAUUAAUUGCAAAAGGAAAAAAACUAUGAUUAUAUAUAAAUCCAGGAGACAAUUUCUUCUUCGUCAUAUAAAUAAAAGACCAAAGCAUCAAAUAUUGUUUGCAUGUAUACCAUUAUAGCUAAAUGGAUAAAUA